GGCAAGCGGGGUGAGCAGGGCCGGGGUGAAGCCAAUGGACAAGGAAGAGGAAAAAACUGCCAGUGAGCAAAAAGAUCACGUUCCCCCCGAAAAUGAGAGAAGCAGUACAGAGGAAUGUCUUCCAGAGGCCAAGGAAACAGAGAAAGAAACCAAGCAUGUUAUCAAAAAUAUCCUGUGGACCACAGCCAAGAACUUUACAGUGGAGAGAGGACAGCAGCAAAUUGAAGAACUAAUUUCUACAUGGGACAUUCAUGAAAGCUGGCUUCACCACUCAGAAUUUCUCGAGGAAGAAGAACUGAAGGACAGCAAGAGGUAUCAUUACAGAGCUUGCUGGGGACUCCCAACACGCAGAAAACCCAUCCCACGAGCAACAGCGAAUGUCUACUUUGUUAUAGUGAUCUCCAAAUUAAAACCUGAUACUGCACCUGUGGAGGUCUUCUACAGACUGGAGUCCAGCAGGCUGAUUCGGAGGCCAGAACAGUGUCAGUUUAGAGAAAAGUGGCUUCAGGACAUAAUUGAAAAUAAAAUAGUGUGCGCAGAAAGACUUGCUUCCCGAUGAACAGCUCCAAUUCACAAUUACCAAUACUCUGUUGUGGAAAACCAAAUAAAGACAAUGAA